CAGUUAGUUCAAUUUGUUACUCUCCUGAUGGUACUACAUUAGCAUCUGGUGGUGGAAGUAUAUUGGGUGGUAUAGAUUGUUCUAUUCAUUUAUGGGAUGCUAAGACAGGAUAAUAAAAAGCCAAAUUAGAUGGUCAUUCAGAUAGGGUUAUGUCAAUUUGUUACUCUCCUGAUGGUACUACAUUAGCAUCUGGUAGUAAAGAUAAGUCUAUCAGAUUAUGGGAUAUUAAAACAGGAUAAUAUAAAGCUAAAUUGGAUGGCCAUUCAACAACAGUAUAUUCUGUCAAUUUCUCUCCUGAUGGAAAUACAUUAGCUUCUGGUAGUUAAGAUAACUCUAUCCGACUUUGGAAUGUAAAAACAUCAAAGGAAAUACUCCAAUCAGAUGGUAGCUAUAAAGAUUUGCUUGCCCAGUUUAACAUACCUCUUUAGAAUAGCUCCUUAUUGCCAAAUGGUAUUUAUUAUUAAUUAUUAUUUAGUUAAUCCUGAUCGUACAAUACUUAGAAUAUGCUAGAAUCCUUGGUUAGAAGCAUCAGGAACACUUAUCUUAUAAGGACAAUUCAUGAAUUAUUAAGGGAUAGAUUUAAAACCUUUGUUUAAAUCAAUAGGAAGUUGCUUUUUAGAAGACUUAAAACAAAAGUAAAAGUGA